UGUUCAAAUUUUCUUUUUCCUCCUCUAGUUCUUGUGGUAGGACUUGUCGGCAUCUAUCCUUUGAGAAGGUUCAGGGUUUCUAAGGCACAAUAACGAAGAUGGGAGACGAUGGUGCCGGAAGAAACCACCAAGGUUUCGACCUCUCCAUUGAUGUGCUUCCACGAAGUGGGUCAAAAUGCUACGAUGACGAUGGCCGUCUCAAGCGAUCCGGAACCGUAUGGACAGCGAGUGCUCAUAUUAUUACAGCAGUCAUUGGCUCCGGGGUCCUGUCCCUGGCUUGGGCCACUGCUCAGUUGGGAUGGGUUGCUGGUCCAAUAGUGAUGCUUAUGUUUUCUUUUGUAACUUACUACACCUCCACUCUUCUUGCUGCUUGCUACCGCUCCGGUGACCCUGUUAAUGGCAAGAGAAACUAUACUUACAUGGAUGCUGUCAGAUCAAACCUGGGUGGGUUUAAAGUAAAGAUAUGUGGAUGGGUUCAGUACUUGAAUCUUGUUGGAGUUGCCGUCGGAUACACAAUUGCAUCAUCAAUUAGCAUGAUGGCAAUCAAAAGGUCGAAUUGCUUCCAUGCCAGUGGUGGCAAAAAUCCAUGCCAUAUGAAUAGCAACCCUUACAUGAUUGCUUUUGGUGUUGCUGAAAUAAUUUUCUCUCAAAUCCCUGACUUUGAUCAAUUAUGGUGGCUUUCCAUUGUUGCUGCUGUCAUGUCUUUCACUUACUCGACCAUUGGCCUUGGCCUCGGUAUUGCCAAAGUUGCAGAAACUGGAAAAAUCAGGGGAAGCCUGACAGGGAUAAGUGUUGGAACUGUGACUCAAACCCAAAAAAUAUGGAAUAGUUUCCAAGCACUUGGAGACAUAGCUUUUGCCUAUUCUUACUCGCUUAUACUCAUUGAAAUUCAGGACACACUCAGGGCUCCACCAGCAGAAUCAAAGACAAUGAAAAAGGCAACAUUUAUAAGUGUUGCAGUGACAACCUUUUUCUAUAUGUUGUGUGGUUGCAUGGGAUAUGCUGCUUUUGGAGACUCGUCCCGUGGAAACCUUUUAACUGGUUUUGGAUUCUAUAACCCAUUUUGGCUCCUUGACAUUGCCAAUGCUGCCGUUGUGAUUCACCUUGUUGGUGCAUAUCAAGUUUACUGUCAACCCCUUUUUGCCUUCGUCGAAAAAACCGCGGCCAAGAAGUUCCCGGACAGUGACUUCAUUACCAAAGAUAUCAAGAUCCCGAUCCCGGGUUUUCGCCCUUACAAUCUCAACUUGUUCCGGUUGGUUUGGAGGACGGUUUUCGUGAUCAUUACAACUGUGAUCUCCAUGCUACUUCCUUUCUUUAACGACAUUGUUGGACUCCUCGGGGCACUUGGGUUUUGGCCAUUAACGGUUUACUUCCCAGUUGAGAUGUACAUUUCACAGAAGAAGAUACCAAAGUGGAGCACCAGAUGGCUUUGCCUUCAAAUUCUCAGCACUGCUUGCCUUAUUAUCACCAUCGCAGCUGCCGCCGGUUCGAUUGCAGGAGUUGUUCUAGAUCUCAAGACGGUUAAGCCCUUUUCGACGCCCUACUAGUUCAGUAUAAUCGAACUGGUAUAUGAUCAUUUAUACCAUUCGUGGACAGCAUUUCAAAAAGGCGAGGGAAAAGUAAUCUCUUGGGGUA